AUGGGGCGAAUUCAGCAUCUGCAGACAUGCCUUGAAGAGAUAGAUGAGGCAACUCUGAGCUUGCGGCAGUGGUUUGCCGAACCACCCAGCAGCUCCUUGCAUGACAUGCUGAGAGUUCUUGCAGCUUUAAGGAAGCUGAUGCCAUCGCCAAAGCAAAGCGACAUUCCACCUCCACAGGAUUACAGACUCAGCACCACGCGCAAGCGGAGGUUGGAAGAAAAGAAAGCACACCCAGCAAGGGAGACCUCUGAUGCUGCAGUGACCUUGCAGAUUCCAGAAGGUGUCGUCAAGACUGCAGAAGAUCCUCCAGAAGAGGCUCCAGAGGUGAAGGAAAGUGAGGCAGAUCUGACAGAAAGGGCCAAAGAGGCCAAAGAAGAGAUGGUGCAAACGGCCCAGGUAGUUGAUCAAUCAGCUUCACAGAAAGUCCUGCCGGUUGGGUCAAUUUGCGAAGCUCCGCCUCCAUCUGGUGUGCUGCCACAGAUUCUCUCCUGGAGCAAGGGAACCAUUUGGAUUUCCUGGCUCUUUGACUGGGCUGAUGUGCAUCGUGGCUUUGCUGAAGCCUCGGCGGAAAAGAUUUGUGCUUUCGAAGUCUUGCAGUUCAGCAGUGACUGCGCUAGUCUUUCCCAAGCAGAACUGAAUUCACGGCCAUCAGCCUCCAGGUGGCGUUGUCCAACAGCUCCGUUGAAGAUGGAUGUUCCGUUGGGACGUCAUUUCGUCUUUGGUGUGCGUGCCAUCCUCUUAAAGAGUGGCCAACUGGAGGAUGCUGAGAUGCUUUGGGCUUCAUCGGUAUCUUCACCUGUGACGCUUGACCUGAGAUAUUCGACCAGCAGCAGCAGCCCUUCUCUGCCAAUAGCAGGGGGGUCUGCAGGAAGUCAGGAGAAUCCCCUGGAGAGAUCUCCGAAGGAGACAUCUCAGGAGAAAUCUCCAAACAGCAGCAGCCCUUCUCCUCGUCGCGGGCGCGGCGCUAGUGGACCCGUGGCCAGCGGCAUUGGGGAAUUUCUCAGCGGAGGUUCACCCUCGAGGCGCGUGUCUUUGCGACCCUUUGAGACCGCGAGCCCUGGCAAGAGCCCAAAGAGCCUCGAGGUUGGUGGCCCGGACUUAGGGCCUUUCGAGCGAGACCAGGCUCCCUCAGGGCACGCGAAGUCUCAAGCUAGAGAAUCAACUGGCAGUGGAACACCCACAGCGCAUCAGGUGGAGGAGCCUCCCGUUACAAUGCCGGAGUCGAGGGAGAGUUUGGCGGCUGAAGGGAGCCCGGGAACCACACUCCCUAGAUCCAACGAUGAGCACUGGACAGAAACUGACACAACUGCCUCUGGACAAUCGCCCUCCAGUCCUCAGGACUUGAAGGACUUGAACGACUUGAACGACGAAUCAUUGCGACUUCUGAUGAAAGCCUGCAGCGUCCUGGAAACGAGCAGAACAUCCCAGUCUUCCAGGACUUUCGAACCAACUCAACAAAGUUCUGGGCCACCAGCAUCGGGCACAUCCCAUGCGCAGCCGACGGUUGAACCGAAGGAAGCAUCGCAUGCCAUACGGACACUCUCCGUGCCAAGGGCUCGCUCCAUUUACGAAGAUGAUGACUUCGUGAAUGGUAUGGCGGAAAAGCUGAGCAAGUCGAAUGUCUACCUGGAGACCCAUUACGAACCUGGAGAUCCUGGAGAUCCUGAAGAUCUUGAAGUUCAAGCUGAAGCUCACGCUGAUCGCGCUCCAGCGAUCUUGGAUGGCGAGGAGGUGUACGCGCGGAUGCAGAGAGAAUUUGAGCAGAAGUGCAAGGCAUGCAAUGGAACUGGUUAUGUCGGCUGGUUUGGCCCACAAGGCUGGGGAUUUGUCCAAAGAAAGUGCCGCGACUGUAGCAAGUGA